AUGCCCUUUGGUCUGGCCACUACGGCCGGUUCAUCGAGCCAGAUGCGCGUGGUUACGAGGCAAAGCUUUGGAACCCGCGAGGAAGAUGAUCGAGUUGCGGCGCAGAGCACGAUUACGAUGAUCAUCCGAGCCAUCACCAAGGCUCCUUUGGCCUGCCCUCGAGGUAUCUCCCACACCCAAUUCUACCGCCCAGCAUGGCUCCCUCAAAGCCCUCGGGCCCCCAUCCGCAUCUUCCAGACGAGCGCACCUUCGAGACGAGACCAGCCGAAGCCGCCGGCGACGACAAAACUCGAUAAUGGCGUCGAUAAGGCCGCGGGACAACCGCUCCAGGCUGAGCCUGCCAAGGCGAAGAAGAGUACCGCCGUCGAUCCCUUGGCAACACCUGAAAAGUCCACACAGGAGCAGCGCAAGGCCGACUGGGCCAUCAUGAAGGAAAUGUCGCGGUAUCUGUGGCCCAAAGAUAGCCUGAGCACCAAGUUCCGUGUCGGAUUGGCCGUCUCCUUGUUGAUUGGCGCAAAGGUUCUCAACGUGCAGGUUCCCUUCUACUUCAAGAGCAUCGUGGAUUCCAUGAAUAUCGACUUUGGCGCGACCGGCGGCACGGCGGUGACAAUAGCGGGGAGCAUGAUCCUGGCGUACGGCGCGACGAGGAUAGGUGCGACAAUCUUCCAGGAGCUCCGAAAUGCCGUGUUUGCCUCCGUCGCCCAGAAAGCCAUUCGCCGAGUCGCCUGCAAUGUUUUUGACCACCUGCUGCGGUUGGACCUCAGCUUCCAUCUGUCCAAGCAGACCGGCGGGCUGACGAGGGCGAUCGAUCGCGGUACCAAGGGCAUAAGCUUCUUGCUGACGAGCAUGGUAUUCCACAUUCUCCCAACUGCCCUAGAAAUCUCAAUGGUUUGCGGCAUCUUGACGUACCAGUACGGUGCCAAAUUCGCCGCCAUCACGGUGCUCACCAUGGUGGGGUAUACAGCCUUCACCAUCUGGACGACGGCCUGGAGAACAAAGUUCAGGAGACAAGCCAACGCGGCCGACAACAAGGCGUCGACCGUUGCCGUCGACUCGUUGAUCAACUACGAGGCCGUCAAGUACUUCAACAAUGAAAAGUUCGAGGUUGCGAGAUACGACCAGGCUCUGCAGGCAUAUGAGAAGAGCUCCAUCAAGGUCGCGACCUCGCUAGCUUUCCUCAACAGCGGACAGAACAUCAUCUUCUCCUCGGCGCUGACGGCUAUGAUGUACUUGGCUGCUAAUGGCGUUGCCCAGGGCACGCUAACCGUCGGCGACCUGGUCAUGGUCAACCAGCUCGUGUUCCAGCUUUCAGUACCUCUCAACUUCCUCGGCUCCGUGUACCGUGAGCUGCGCCAGUCACUGCUCGACAUGGAGACGCUCUUCAAUCUGCAAAAGGUCAACGUCUCCAUCAAGGACGAGCCGAAUGCGAAGCCACUUGCCCUAUCCAAGGGUGGCCAGAUCAAGUUCGAAAACGUCACCUUUGGCUACCACCCCGAUCGCCCCAUCCUCCGCAACCUGUCUCUUACCAUCCCUGCCGGCAAAAAGGUCGCCAUAGUCGGCCCCAGCGGUUGUGGCAAGUCCACCCUUCUCCGCCUCCUGUUCCGCUCCUACGACGCGCAGUCUGGCCGCAUCUUUGUCGACGACCAGGACAUCCGCCAAGUCCAAGUGGACUCUCUUCGCCGGGCCAUUGGUGUCGUUCCUCAGGACACCCCGCUUUUCAACGAUACCAUCGAGCACAACAUCCGAUACGGCGACAUGUCGGCACCCCAAGAGCGCGUCAUCGCCGCUGCUCAACGCGCGCGCAUCCAUGACAUCAUCGAGCGCUUCCCCGACGGAUACCAGACCAAGGUGGGAGAGCGUGGCUUGAUGAUCUCCGGCGGAGAGAAGCAACGUCUAGCCGUCAGCAGACUCCUUCUCAAGGACCCGCCUCUGCUCUUCUUCGACGAGGCCACCAGCGCCUUGGAUACCCACACUGAGCAGGCCCUCAUGCUCAACAUUAACAGCAUUCUGCGUGAAAAGUCACGGACCAGUGUGUUUGUUGCCCACAGAUUGCGCACCAUCUUUGACGCAGACCUCAUUAUCGUGCUGAAGGAGGGCAAUGUCGCCGAGAAGGGCACCCACCGAGAGCUGAUUGACAGGGGUGGACUUUACGCUGAGCUCUGGAGUGCCCAAGAAACGCUGUUCGAUGCAGAUGGCCAGGAACGCGAGCAGUCAGAAGAGGAUACGAAGAAGCCACCUGUCGCACCUUAA